AUGAUUUAUCUUCACGACAGUCCCAUAAAAUCUCAUGGGAAAUUAAAAUCAUCAAAUUGUUUAGUGGAUAGUCGAUGGGUGUUGAAGAUAUCAGACUUUGGACUUCGGGAAUUUAAUCGUGAUUGUUCAAGAGAUGAUAUGGAAUUUGAAAAAUAUUGUGAAAGUCUUCUUUGGACGGCACCUGAAAUAUUACGAAAUCAGGAAUUUUAUCCUUACGGUACCCAGAAGGGUGAUAUUUAUUCCUUCGCCAUUAUCCUGUACGAAACUAUAGGAAGACAAGGACCAUUUGGAAAAAUAGAAAUGAGACCAUCUGAAAUUAUAAAAUGGGUUAUGAGAGAAGAGAAGCAAACAACGAUAUUUAGACCCCAAUUAGAAUUACUGGAUACGUUAAACUGUAUCAAAGAUUGCAUCAGGGAAUGUUGGAGUGAAGAUCCUCAAGAGAGACCAGAUUUUAAGACCAUUAGAACAAAAUUACGUCCUAUGAGGAAAGGAAUGAAAGCCAAUAUAUUUGAUAAUAUGCUCAUCAUGAUGGAAAAAUAUGCCAAUAACCUAGAAGUGUUAGUAGAUGAAAGAACGGAUCAACUCGUUGAAGAAAAGAAAAAAACUGAAGCACUUUUAUAUGAAAUGCUACCAAAAUACGUAGCAGAACAAUUAAAAAGAGGAAAUAAAGUUGAAGCUGAAUCAUUCGAUCAAGUAACUAUUUAUUUUAGCGAUAUUGUUGGAUUUACAAAAAUGUCAGCUGAAAGUAGUCCUCUACAAGUCGUCGACUUUUUAAACGAUUUAUAUACAUGUUUCGAUUCGAUAAUUGAAAAUUACGAUGUUUACAAAGUGGAGACAAUCGGAGAUGCUUACAUGGUAGUAAGUGGCCUACCAAUAAGGAAUGGCGAUCAACAUGCUGGUGAAGUGGCUUCUAUGGCUUUACAUCUUUUAGAAGCUGUUAAAAAAUUUAAAAUUCGACAUAAACAGGAUGAAAAAUUAAUGCUAAGAAUAGGAUUACAUUCUGGUCCCGUUUGUGCUGGUGUUGUGGGCUUAAAAAUGCCAAGAUACUGUUUAUUUGGUGAUACUGUCAAUACAGCUUCUAGAAUGGAAUCAACGGGACUUCGUACGUAUUACUUUAUGUUCUUCACCUAA